AUGAAUCCUUCCAACUUACCCUCUUCGGAAGAGAGCUCUUCUCCCAACCAAACUUCACCCAAUGUACAACAAUUACAACAAGAUACAACCGAACACGUUGAAUCAUCAUCACCACAAGAAUGGACCAUUGUGGAUGACAUUCCUUCUAAUACAUUCAUUGUUGCUGCAAAUAACACGAAUAACAAUGGCAGCAGUAGCAGCAGUAAUAACAACAAAUCCAAAGUUCCUCUACUCAAUAUUAUUGCAUCCAUGAAAUUGAAAUCCAAUGCCAAUACAUCAUCAUCAUCAACCAACCCUCCUCAUCACCAUUCUCAUCAUCAACAUCACUCAUCAAGUUUUAGCCAUAAUCCCUCGAUAGAGAAUCGUCAUAAACAACUACCACACUCCAAAAGUCCCAACACGCACCAUCAUCCACCAUUUCCAUUAAUUAAUAUUGAACGAGAACGUUCUCACUCGACACCUCCCAUGAUCAUGAAUACAUCGACUAGUACUGUAGGCUUGUCGCUCUCUCCGGCCAAUAUGGGGAUUGAACAUCAUGUGACUGAGGUACCUCAGGAUAGAAUUCUUCCUUCAUGUCCUUUGAAAGCAGAUAAACAUGUAUUCGUGUUGGGAGACCAAUCCGUCGGCAAAUCGACUUGGAUUCGAGCACUGGCAUCAACAGCACAAAACAUUGAAGAAUUUAUUUCGGAUUUGACAACAGCAUCAUCAACGACAACGCCGAAUCCCUCUUCUGGAUUGAAUAAGAGAAGCUUGAGUACUGGAGGAAGCAGUGGCUUUUUAGAGGGGUUCACAGGCAUGUCAUCCUCUUCAAAUUUGGACAACUCUGCAUUAUAUGAUAUGACCAUUCUCAACGUUGCAUCAUCGCCACAACAGGAAAAUGUUUUACACUCCAUCUCUCCAAGAGAAAAUGCACAGACCUCUCCUUCCACUGCAACAGGUGGCAAACUCUCUCAAUGGAUCAAUAAUUUGAGGUCAUCAAAAUCCAAUCAAGUUCCUGCAGUGAAUGGAGGCACUUUUGGCUCAUUGUUACACAAAAAAUCAACAUCCUUCGAUUUUGUCAAUUUCACGACCAACGAUCCUGAAACUCUCAUGAAAAAAGAGAGUGAAAACCAAUAUAAUUUUGUAAUUUUAUUACUCCAACAAUAUGUAAAGCAAUUAGAGUUGGAGACUUUAUUGUACUUGUAUCACCCGGAAAAUUAUGGAAAGUAUUUAUUCCCUCCUUCACUAAAGAAAUUAUUGGGAAUUGAUCUAGCAUUUGACUCAGAUUAUUAUGAUCUUGUUACAAAAAUAGGUUUAGGAGAAUUUGAAGAUUUACAAUUUGAUGGAUUAUAUGAGCUACACAAAAGAGAAACUGUGUUCAAACUAACCAUUUGGGAUCAACGUAACAUUGUUGACAUUAAUUUUGAAGAAAUUCCCACUAUUGUACAAAUCAAAAAGUUACUGACCUAUGUCGGAAUUACCCAAAAAAAAUAUUCUGCAAAACAAUCGUUCACCUUUCGAACAAAUCCUCCAAAAACACUUUGUAUUCAAGACUUGUUACGAAUGGACACCAACGAAUUUCCAACCUUGGAUGUAUUUUUCCAAAAACAAUGUUACAAGAGAUACUGUAAUGAUUUUAACGUGACUAAAUCGAAAGAGAACCCUCUAUCGUUGAUGAUAUUAUUUCCUGGAAUGCUAUUCAGGGGAUCUAAUUUUGUUCCUCGAUCGUUGACCGAAUACAAUUGGAUUAAGUUUGGAAAUAAUACGGUUCAAAUCAUUGAAUGUGAAACUGUAGAAGAAAUGUCACAACAAAUGAAUUAUUUAUCUCUCUACGACCAAUCAAGUCAAAACAAAGCAGAUAUAAUUUUUUACAUGGUUUCAUUACAUGAUUUUGCAACGGAUAAAACAAGACAAAAGUACUUUAGAAACUGUAUUCAAGAAUGGAGAAAAUUGAUGCAAGAUGAAAGAUUUAAAUCAUGCCCAAUAGUAUUGAUAGGAAACAAGACGGAUCUUGUCAGCUCCACCUCUCCAAGCACGAACAUGGCCAAUAUAACAUCGAAAUUAGAUUCAUGUCAAGCCGAUGAAGACAUGGACACUUUCAGGGAAAUACGUGCCUUAUCAUCUGACAAUUUAGUAGAUGUUAAAAACAUUAGCUUUUCUGCCCAGUCCACAACAAGCUCUGAUGCCAGUCCUCGUUCGUUAUCCAUCGAUAACAGUGAGGCCACUCUUGUAAAAUCAAAUUCAAACCCAAGUCUAACGGCGUCACCUCGAAUAUCCACUGAAUGUAGGUCUCCGAGAGCACGUUCCCACUCUACUCCGAAAGAUCCUGUGCUUGUAGCUCCAAAAUCAAGAAAAAAACUUUCUCAAUUUGUGGUGCAUCAAUUUGUUGAAGAAGAAAGUGUUUCUCAAGGACGUAAAACUCAACUUGUAGAGGAUUACUUUGUUGGGUCGUGUAGGUUUGAUGAAGACAUGGUCGAACGGUCUGGAAAGAUUCUUUCUAAAUAUAUUACCACUGUUAAAACUACACGUUUUGGUGUGUUUGGAAGUGGUAGCUCAGGAAAGUCAACAAUUUACAACCAUAUGGUGAAAAUAGUGAACGAUAUAGAGAAGGAUGUCAACACAAACACUGGUAGCAUUCUUACACCGUCAAUUAUGUUUUUCUACUAUGUCAAAACCAUUGCCAUGGGUUGGAAAAAGUUAUUAGAAUUAGUGAACAUGUUUCACAAAUCGAAACAACGCUCUUCAAGUACAAGUACCAUUGAGAAGAGAAAAUCUGAAUUUACUCUCAACUUGAAACGUUUAAAUGAUGAACCUUUGAAUACGAAAAAUACUAAUGAAACAGGUACCAAAUCCAACGACUCUUCGCCAACACAAAGCGACCCAAUUUUGUCAAAUAGAGAAACUACACAAAGUAUAAUUAAUCAAAAGAAUGAAAGAGCAAAACAAUGGACGGCAGAAGCAGAAAAGCUGAAAUUUAUUGAUGAAGAUCUCCGGUCGCUUUACGUAUGGUGUUUACAAGUAUUAGCAUCAGAUGUUAACAUGACCAUUAAGCUAUUCACCGUUGAAAUUUCAGAUUUAAUGAAUAGAAAAUGGAAAAACGACAAGGUAUUGAAGGAGACUUGGGAAACCAAUUACUUGCAAACUUCAGCAUCGAAAAUUCAAAAUUUGCCAUCAUUAAUGGCAUACAUUUAUGAAGUGCAACGCAAUAAUCUUGCCACUUUAUAUCUUCAAUCACCUCGACGAAAUUCUCACAUUCCAAAAAUCAGUUUACCAACCUUUUUAAAAACCUAUACGACCGUGAAUGGUUUAGUGACCGAUGUUUUUAAUUUACGAGGCCAGAAAUGCUCUGUUACCGUCACGAGAGGUUCCAGAAGGAAACAUAUACAGCAGUGGUCCAUGACCAACAAUUGUGUUUUCGACGUCAUCUUCUAUGUCGUCAAUAUUUCAAAUUAUAAUUAUAGUGAUCAUGAGAGUAUCAGAGGACGAGUACACGAAGAAAAUGAAGGCAAUGAUGAAGAGAAUGACGAAAUAAUCAGCUUGUCCGAGUCAAUCAUUUUCUUUAAACAAUUGCUGAAUCACUUUGUUGCAAGCCACAUUCGAGGAACGUCUGCUAGCAACAUGAUUCAAUCAUAUACUGGCUGUGUACCAUACCUAGUGUUUACGCAUAAGGAUUUAUUUAUCGAAAAAGUGGAAAAAGGAAUUCCCCUCAAAGAAGAAUACUUGUCAGAGAAAGGAAGUUUUGAUUUAGGUCUCCAAGGUUCAACCACAACUCGAACCAACAAUGACAAGUCCAGAGAUUUAAUUUCACAAAUCAAGUUGUCCAAAACGGAGGUAGAAUCCAUUCAAUCACGGUUAAGAGCUCAAAUAAGUGGUAUUAAGGAACAAACGUUUGCAACGUUCAUCAUUUCGAAAUAUGUGGAGUGUGCUCUGGAAGAAACCUUACGAAGCAUGAUCAUUGCUAACACAUUUGUAAUAGAUGCCACCGAUGAGAAGGAAAGUUCACAAUUCAUACAAACAGUUCUGGACAAGAGAGUAGUCAGCGAUUUUGAGAUUGAUUAUGAAUUAGGUUUAGGAUCUAGUUUAGUUAUAGGAGGAAAGUUCAAUUCAUUCUUCAAUUCAAUGCAGAAAUGA